UGCGGUGACUUAAACAGGCGUGUGAUUGUGCGCUGACCAUGGUUCUGAGGGAGGUUCCUGCGGAGAACAUGGCCCGCCCCCUGGGCAGGAACGAGGUCAUUGGUCUGCUGUUCCGUCUCACCAUCUUCGGCGCCGUCACCUACUUCACCAUCAAAUGGAUGGUGGACGCCAUCGACCCCACCAGGAAGCAGAAGGUGGAGGCGCAGAAGCAGGCGGAGAAGCUGAUGCGACAGAUCGGGGUCAAAAACGUGAAGCUGUCAGAGUACGAGAUGAGCAUCGCAGCUCACCUGGUGGACCCGCUGAGCAUGCAGAUCACAUGGCAGGACAUCGCCGGUCUGGAUGAGGUCAUCACGGAGCUGAAGGAGACGGUCAUCCUGCCGGUCCAGAAGAGACACCUGUUCCUGGGGUCCAGACUGCUGCAGCCGCCCAAAGGAGUGUUGCUGUACGGGCCGCCGGGCUGCGGGAAAACGCUGAUUGCCAAGGCGACGGCCAAGGAGGCGGGGUUUCGCUUCAUCAACCUGCAGCCGAGCACAUUGACGGACAAGUGGUAUGGCGAAUCCCAGAAAUUGGCCGCUGCCGUGUUCUCAUUGGCCGUCAAACUGCAGCCGUCAAUCAUCUUCAUCGAUGAGAUCGAUUCGUUCCUGAGGAGUCGCUCCAGCUCCGACCAUGAGGCGACGGCCAUGAUGAAGGCCCAGUUCAUGAGUCUGUGGGACGGCCUGGACACUGACCACCACUGCCAGGUGAUCAUCAUGGGGGCCACCAACCGUCCUCAGGACCUGGACUCAGCCAUUCUGAGGAGGAUGCCCACAAGGUUCCACAUCAACCAACCGAGCGUGCGGCAGAGAGAGCAGAUCCUCCGGCUCAUCCUGGAGAACGAGAGCGUGGACGUUUCGGUCGAUCUCGUAGAAAUCGCCAAGGAGACGGACGGCUUUUCAGGAAGUGACCUCAGAGAGAUGUGUCGCGACGCCGCGCUGCUGUGUGUGCGCGACUUCGUCCACACACAGGACGACAGUGCCUCAGAGGACUUCAUCCGUCCCAUCCAUCAGUCAGAUCUGCAGAAGUCCAUCAGUAAGAUGAAGAAGUCCAAGUGUGCAGGUGGACACGGCGCCCUGCUGCACGCCGCUCUGGACUGAGCCCAGGUCACAUGACCGCAGCGGCCCAGGUCACAUGACCGCAGCGGCGGUGGGCGGUCUGAGCGCCGUGGGUUUGAACAUGUGCCACUGCUUUGUUUUAUUUACAUGAGCCGAGACUGAAAAGGCCUCCAUUAUGGGGGUCUGGGUUUGGUUCCAGGUCUGGUUCUGGGCCUGGGUCAGGUUCUGGUCUCGGGCCUGGGUCUGGUUCUGGUCCUGGGUCUGGUCCAGGCUGGUUCGGUCCCCGGGUCUGGUUCUGGUUCCUGGG